UGGCAUGUUAAAAAUAAGGACAAUGCUGCCCGUGUCGAGGCAGACGAAGCUCGUGAUAGGAAAAAGAAAAACGAUGAAAAAAUUAGAAGUCUUAUUGCUACACAAGAAGCUAGAGCUGACUAUCUUAGAAAAAGGGCUCGAGGAGAUGAGUCUGGAAACAAGAGCAUAAUUACAUCUCAGGAUGCUCUUCGUCUUUUCGCGGAUCGCAAUUUAAUCACAUCAAACAAAGAAUAUGAAGAGGAAUUGAAGCAAGAAAAGGAGGCGCAUGAGAAAAAGCUCGGAAUUCUGAAAUAUUUUGGGGAAACAGAGGAUGGAAUGGCAAAUGUCACGCCUUGGUGGUUGGAGGUUCCGAAACGUUCCUCUAAUUCACAGCAAAAGGACCAAACGCCACAAACAUUGGUGGAAGCAGAUGCGAUACGCAAACAAAAAGCCGAUCCUCUCCUGCAGAUGAAGCAAGUUGAGGAGAAAUUCGAUCGAAUUCGAGAAGCUAAUAGAGUUGCAGCAAAAAAGGAACGAGUAGCUGCGGCUCAAGUCGCAUCGUCUUACUCGUCUCUCUUUGCAGAUGAUAUCAAACCUCCAGGGACUAAAAGAAAUAGUGAUGAGAAAGCACCAGAUGAAGAGGAUUCAAAACGUCGUCGAUUGGAGCGCCUCAGAGCUGAGAGAUUGGCUCGAGAGAGGGGUGAACGAGAACGUGCUGCUGUAGUGCUCUGUAAAUCCAUGGGUCUUUCAUCUAUGGUGAACGCAGCAGCGGCAUCUAUUGAAGCAACUUCCACAGUAACAGAUGAACGAAAUCUUCCCUUCAACUCGGCAUUCAAUCCAGAACUCUCAAACUUUGCGGCUGAACGCAGAAAUGCUCAUCGAGAGGAGAAAAAACGCAGGCGUUAUUCUCACAAGUGA